GACACUAUUGCAAAAUACAGCAACAGCAUGAAGGAUUUUGCUCAAAAGUUGCUGUGCAUCAUCUCAGAAAAUCUGAACCCACCACCAUCUUAUAUAAAAGAGGCAGUUGGAGAAGUUUAUCAGAAUAUUACUAUUAGCUACUAUUCUCCUUGUCCACAACCUGAUCUUGCUCUUGGGUUACAAUCUCAUUCUGAUAUGGGCGCAAUAACACUUCUGAUACAAGAUGAUGUUGGUGGGAUCGAGGUAUUGAAGGAUGGAAUGUGGAUACCUGUGCCUGCUUUGCGUGAUGGCAUCCUUGUGAUUCUGGCUGAUCAGACAGAGAUCAUCACCAAUGGAAGAUAUAAGAGUUCUGUUCAUCGAGCUGUUGUCGAUGCUGAGCGUGCCCGCUUAUCAGUAGCUACAUUUUAUGAUCCAUCAAAAUCAAGGAAAAUAUUCACUGCUGCAAAGCUUGUGAGCAAGGAUGAGCCACAAAAGUAUCGGGACGUAAUCUAUGGUGACUAUGUCUCAUCUUGGUAUAGCAAAGGUCCAGAGGGAAAGCGAAACAUUGACGCCCUCCUUAUUCAGCAAUAG